AUGAAUGUAGACCUUAAUGAGAUCAGCAUGAAUCUCGUACCAUAUCCCCGUCUGCAUUACUUGACCAGUGCCCAAAGUCCUCUAACCACAUUUGAUAAGAUGUUGGCUCCGCGCAAGAUCGAUCAAGCAUUUUCGGAUGCGUUCACUCGGGAUUUCCAAUUGGUCUCUGCUGAUCCGUUUCGUCACACGUUUCUGGCAGCCGCGCUGUUGGUUCGAGGUGCUGUGACAGCGUCAGAUUUGCGUCGUAAUAUUGACAAGUGA